AUGUCUGACCCUUAUAACAACCACCAAUAUAACCAGUACGGGGGAGCCCCGCAGCACGGGCCUGGUCAGCCAAGCGGCGGAUAUUAUGACAGCCAUCAAAACUACAAUCAUCCUCCCGCACAAGGCCAGUAUGGACAGCCUCAGCAACAAGGUUAUUAUCCACCUGCGCCCUCUUAUGAUCCUCAACACCAACCCUCCCAUUAUUCCGGUCCUCCUCCAUCAUAUGGCCAACAAGGCUACGCGCCUUCGUAUGGCGCGCAGCAUCCACAGGGCGGAUACCCAGGUGAUCAAGGCUAUGGACAUGGCGGCCCCAUGAACUACCCACCACACGACCGUGGCCACUCGCCGUAUCCUCCACAGGACCAGCAACAUUCUCAGCAAGGCGCAAGUGCGUCAUACUACGGUGGUCAGCCGGAACAAUCUCAUCAAUCGAUGGGCACGCCCGUUCCUGCGGGACAAGAGGGCGAAAGAGGCUUAGGUUCGACUCUUAUCGGAGGCGCCGCCGGCGGAAUACUAGGUCGGAAAUUCGGCGGAGGAUUGCUUAGCACAGCGGGAGGCGCACUGGUAGGCGCCGCGGGGAUGAAUAUGGCCACUAAGAUGCACAAGAAGCACAAGAAGGAGAAGAAAAAGAAGCACCACAAGCACCACAAGCGUGGCUCGAGUUCUAGCUCCUCUAGCUCCAGCUCCAGCUCUUCUAGCAAUUAG